AUGCCUCUCGUCGUUCCCGGUAUCACCACCAACUCCGCCAAGGGCGGUAAGUCUGAGUGGGAGAACAAGUUGAUGGGCAAGAAGAUCAGCGAUACAGGCAGCAACGAAAUUUCAUUUGCCAAGAAAGACCUUCCUGAGUCUCAUCGCGUGCUCAAGCCUGGGGACAUGAAGACUAUGGACCACAACCCUGAUAGACUUAACAUUCAUCUGGGCGAGGAUGACACUGUUCAGAACGUCACUUACGGCUAGAUUAAUCUAUGU